CAUACCCCCUCUCCCAUUUGCACUGAAGCAGCAGCCAGCAGGUAUUGCCGGCCAUCACUUGUCUGAUUGUCUCCCUCGUCUCUGUAACACAUGACGUCAAAUGAACUAAAACUCUGUCAUCGUUGCUUGUACGCCAAGGCCCAAAGCAACUCUCCUAAUCGAGUAAAAAUCUUCAGUCUCUUGGCUCAUCCGUAGCAAGAAGCUAUUGUCAGCUCAUGCUUUUCAGGAAACGCCCGGCCCACCGUAUCUCAUCAAGAAAUCAAGUGCCCGAUGGACUGGUCAGCGGCGGUCCUCCUCGUCCUUGUCCUGCUGCCGCCGCCGCCAUGCGCACCGGACGACCGGCUGGUCGUCGGCAAGACGCUCUCCCCCGGCGCCACCAUAGUGUCCGACGGCGGCGGCUUCGCCUUGGGCUUCUUCUCACCCGCCAACUCCACCUCCAGUCCAGCCAACAAGCUCUACCUCGGCAUAUGGUACGCUGACGUCCCGACGCUCACCGUGGUGUGGGUCGCCAACAGAGGAACCCCGGCCACGAACACCACCUCCUCCACGGCGCCGACGCUGUCCCUGACCAACACGUCCAACCUCGUCCUGUCCGACGCCAGCGGCGUUGUUCUCUGGACGACCGACGUCACCGGCUACUCCCCGGCCGCCGCGGUGCUUCUCGACACCGGCAACCUCGUCAUCCGGUCCCCGAACGGCACCGCCCUGUGGCAGAGCUUCGAGCACCCCGCCGAUUCGUUCCUCCCCGGCAUGAGGAUCGGGAUCGCGUACGGCGCUCGCGCCGGCGAGCGCCUGGUGUCGUGGAAGGCCCCCGGCGACCCCUCGCCGGGGCGCUUCGCCUACGGCGUCGACCCGGACACGGCCCUGCAGCUCUUCCUCUGGAACGGGACGCGCCCGCUGAUGCGCGACGGCCCCUGGACGGGCUACUCGGUCGCCAGCAGGUACCAGGCCAACGCCAGCGUCUUCGUCUACCAGGCCAUCGUCAGCACCGACCAGGAGAUCUACCUGACCUACAGCCUCUCCGACGCCGCCGCGCGCGCGAGGCUCGUCGUGACGGCCUCCGGCCACUACCAGCUCCAGGGCUGGAACGCCAACUCGUCGGCGUGGGCGGUCCUCGGCGACUGGCCGACCUGGGAGUGCAACCGCUACGGCCACUGCGGCCCGAACGGGUACUGCGACAACACCGUGGACGCGCCGACGUGCAGGUGCCUCGACGGGUUCGAGCCCGCCGACGCCGAGGCGUGGGCCGGCGGCGCCUUCUCGCGGGGGUGCCGGCGGAAGGAGGCGCUGCGGUGCGCCGACGGCUUCUUGCCCCUGCCGGGGAUGAAGUCGCCGGACAAGUUCGUGCGCGUUGCGAAUCGAACCCUCGAGGAGUGCGCGGCGGAGUGCAGCAGCAACUGUUCCUGCGUGGCGUACGCCUACGCCAACCUGAGCACCACCAGGACGGCGGGGGACGCGACGAGGUGCCUGGUGUGGGCCGGCGACCUGAUCGACACCGAGAAGAUUAUUGGUGGCGGGGUCGGCAGCGACACGCUGCACCUCCGGCUUGCAGGCUCGGAUGCAGCCGUGCAAGGUGUCAGAGGAAAGAGCAAUGCACUGAGGAUUGCUCUGCCUACAGUUUUGACAAGUGCCAUUCUGAUAAUCACAGGAAUUUUCCUUGCCUGGUUUAAAUUCAAUGGUAAAAGAAGAGACAACAAAAAAGGUAACACCAAGAUAAGUCUGGUCUCUACCAGUACGUCUGACGAACUCCCUGAAGGAAGCCCUGCCCAAGACUUCGAACUUCCCUUCAUCAAAUUUGAGGACAUUGAGGCUGCAACACACAAUUUCUCAGAAGCGUAUAAGAUUGGACAAGGAGGCUUUGGCAAAGUUUAUAAGGCAAUUCUAGGUGGUCAGGAAGUUGCUAUCAAAAGGCUAAGUAAGGAUUCAGAGCAAGGAACUGAGGAAUUCAGGAAUGAAGUUAUUCUAAUUGCCAAAUUGCAACAUAGAAAUUUGGUUCGACUACUUGGGUGUAGUGUUGAGGGUGCUGAAAAGAUCCUGAUAUAUGAGUAUUUGCCUAAUAGAAGCUUAGAUGCUAUCCUUUUCGAUAGCUCAAGAAAAAUGUCGUUAGAUUGGCCAACGCGAUUUAACAUAAUAAAGGGAGUUGCAAGAGGACUUCUUUACCUCCACCAAGAUUCAAGACUGACCAUAGUUCAUAGAGACCUCAAAGCUGCCAAUGUAUUGCUAGAUGCAGAGAUGAAACCUAAGAUAGCAGACUUUGGCAUGGCAAGGAUCUUCAAUGAUAACCAGAAAAACGCAAACACACGGCGAGUCGUCGGAACAUAUGGGUACAUGGCUCCUGAAUACGCAAUGGAAGGAGUCUUCUCCAUGAAGUCUGAUGUCUAUAGCUUUGGUGUCCUAAUUUUGGAGCUCGUAACUGGUAUAAGGAGAAGCAGUUUGAACAAAAUCAAGGGUUUUCCAAACCUUACGAUCUACGCAUGGAAUAUGUGGAAAGAUGGGAAGGGGAAAGACUUGGCUGACCCAUCUAUUAUGGAUACUUGUUCGCUAGAUGAAGUUUUGCUUUGCAGUCAUAUGGCACUCUUGUGUGCCCAGGAAAACCCAGAUGAUAGGCCACUUAUGUCGUCGGUUGUGCUCGCCUUGGAGAACGGAAGCGCCACACUGCCAACUCCUAAUAACCCUGGGCACUAUGGACAGGGGAGUAGUGAUAAGGAGCAAAUAAGAGACAGGACUGACGCUUCCAUGAAUUCCCUUACUCUCACGAAUAUAGAGGGACGAUAACCUUCCACCUCUUCUUUUACGUAGUAUACGCAGUGUCAGAAUUUUGGCUCAACAAAGGUCCCUUCAUCGAUCUCCAGGUCAUUUCCUUA